AUGUCUCAGAAUGGUGCUUUCUCAAUUGAUCAGCUUAUGGAAUUAGCAGGGUUGAGCGUUUCAUGCGCGAUCGCAAAAGUUUAUCCUGUUCGAUCUCAUCCUCGAGUGGUGGUCUGCUGUGGUCCGGGAAAUAACGGGGGUGACGGUCUUGUUGCUGCAAGACAUUUGUUCCAUUUUGGGUAUUCUCCGAGUAUAUUCUAUCCUAAGCGAAGUGGGAGAGACUUGUAUCAACGAUUAGUUACUCAAUGCGAUAAUCUAAAGAUACCAUCGAUUACGGACCUCAAACAACAACUGGAGCAAACCGAUCUGAUAGUCGAUGCUAUAUUUGGUUUUAGUUUCAGCGGGAAAGUGCGAGCUCCAUUUGAUGAUGUCAUCCAG